CUCUGCAAGACGGCAAAGAAUGUAAAAAUGGCGCUAAAAUUAAAAUACAAAGACGAACAUGGUAUCCUACGCAUCGAUAUGAGUCCAACAUCGAGUCCAGUCCGGACCGGAAACAAGUUGAAGACCGAAGACGGGAUAAAAGAUCCCAAAUUCGACACAAUCAACAAUCGCUUCGGUAGAUACGAUCUGUUCGGCGGCAGGUACGAUGGAGGGGAGACGCCGUCGCUCUUCCGAAGUAGAUACAACAGUAUCGAGGAGGAGCUGGCCAACACGCCUUACGCGUUCUCAGACCGCUCACUGCGUCUCGCCGACUUAGACAUCACUAUUAAAUCAUCAUCGCCGUCCAAAGACAUUGAAGACGAUCGAUAUUUCAAUCGAGAUAUUACACUCGAUUACAGUUUAUUCGGACCUCAAAUUGAUUUGAAAACAUCGAUUAAAAAUUCAGACGAAGAUGAUCCUCCCGCGUUCACUGUGACUCAGUUGAUCCAUGCCCAGGAUCGAUAUUUUGAUCUAUCAUCGAGACAAAGUGUUGAGAGUCCGAGUAAGAAUCGAGUGAGAACUAUAGCGGACAGUUUUGAAGUGCGCAGUGCACCAGGUUCCGGGAAGAGGGUGAACAGAGCUGGGAAAAGUGAUAAAGUUAACAAUGCGUUUAAAGUGUUGUCCACCGAUCCUGUGACGUCACAGUCGCCUCCAGCCAGUCUGCCAGCUGUGCCAACAAGCAAGAGAAAAAAGGAAAAAUCCUUCGCCAUCCUCGCUGAGCCUCCAGACCCUUCGCGACCAACGAGCCCAAGGUCACUGCCCUUGGACAUCCGCCACGGAACCGGCAGGGUAUCACCCUUCAAAGGGCGGGGUUUCCGGGAGGAAACUUCUCGACAUACAACUCCUAAAACCUCAGCGGCCAACUCCAGAUCGUGCUCACCAUCAAGAAAACGAACCAGCUCACAAUCCAAUUCCAAAAUGGCCCAAGUGGCCACCAUCCCUCCUCCUACCAUUCUAAGUCGACCACGCUCCCCGAGAAACUUUCUUAAAGCGAAUAUGGAAGAAGUAAAAGAAUUAAGUGAAUUAAAUAGAGAAAAGCAUGAAGCGGAAGCUGAAAUCAAAAGGCAGCAAGAGGAAGAAGCUUUACUAAAAGAAAUGGGACUAUUAGACAAACCUACAAGUAGAAGUAGAGUAGGAUCUAGAGUUAAUUCCAGAAGCAGUUCUCCGAACAAAAUAAAUCUCAAGUCAAGAUCAAACUCACCGUCUACAGUUAAGUAUGAUAACUUACCUGCAAGUAAAAAGGAACCAGCAAAAACUACAGUAAACAAAUCAAAACCUGCAAUACAUAAAUCUAGAUUAAGUUCCCUUUCUAAAACUCAAACACAAUCAAAUGAUACCUCACCGAAAAAUUCAAAAAUACCGAAAAGACAGAAUUCAGUGUCGCCAACAAGGAAUUCACGAAAUUUUAUUAAUUAUAGACGACCUUUCGACUCUAAUUUAAAUAAAAAUCAACGAUUUAUAUCCAAUAGUACGAGUAGUAUUCACGAAACGAUCAAAAUUGGAAGUCAAGUACACGAUAAACGCGCUAUAAGUCAAAGCGCUGAGUUUCUAGAUAUUUCUCCAGGUGUCGUUCACAACAAACCCCCCAUAUCUCCCGGCAAAGGAGGUCCUCCUCCUUCAAAUCGAGCGAUUAGUACUAAACGACUUUCGCCGAUAGUUGGCACUCCUAACAAGAGUCCUAUUGACGAUCCUAAAUCGAGUUCUGCUAAAACUACUCCAAAACCUCCACCAACAGCAAGAAAGUCAGUAAAAACUGCCGGCGUUACACCUGUUACAUCUAGAAUAACUUCUAGACAAACCAGCAGGGCUGCUAGCAGAGAUCCAAGUCCCGAGAAGAAGGUCAAUGGUAAAGUUACGACUGGCUCUAAAGUAGCAGCGAGAGCACCGAGUACAAAAGCUGCACAAAAUCCUAACGUCAACCAAAAAGACGCCAAAAAACCAAUGAGUAGAACUAGCAGCAUGAAAAGCCUGACCCGAACAUCAAGUACUAAAAACAUUAACGAAAAACCACAAUUAAUUAAAAAUAAAGACAAAAAGAAUGACCUGAACGAGAAAGCCAAAUCGACGAGCAAAAUGAACGAAAUAGGUGUUAAGAAAGCUAACACAGGUCAAUCGUUAGAGACCAGAUCAAAGGUUAAACAAGGCGACGUUACUGCAAAUGAAGAAAUAAGUUCAACUGAAGACGGUGCUAAGGAUGAUGAGGACACAACUAAACAGGAUAAUGAAACUCAAUACGACAAAAUUACGAACGAAAAAGGAGAUAUAGUCAUACUAACCAAGAAAAAUGUGGUUUCUAUGACAACCGCAGCCAUUACUGCCCAACCAUUGGAAGUUGUAACUACCGUCACCAACCAACUGCCAGUCGCGUUAGAAAAGGCCCGGGAGAAAGGUAUUUUUGAAAGAUUAGGUUCGAAGGACUCUCUUAAGGAAGGAGAUAAAGAUGAGUCUGUAGUAAAAGAUGAUUCAAUAACCAAACACAAUGUAACUUUAAAAGAUUUAACCGGGACUAAAGAUAAAGAACCUGUAGCUUCUAAAGAAGAAAAAAACGGAAAACACGACGACAAAAAACCACCAAAACCUACAAAAGUUUUAUACGGCGAUGACAAUAUUAAACUGAAGUUAUUACAACCACCGUACAAUAAUCCUCAAGUUGAACGAGUGAAAGAAAAAAUUGAUUCCAUACUUAAGGAACCGGAAAUAUCGACAGAAAAUAUUCUAGCACCGGCUAAAAAAAUUGAAGAAAAGAUUUCAGAGACGAAACAAACGUUUAAAAAUGUUGCAGACAGAACAAAAUCUGACAUCCAUGAUGCGAAAGUAGAAGCUGAGGACAAUUUAAAUAAAAUGAAAGAUCAAAUCGAAAAAACAAGUGAAAAGGUAACUGCACAAAUGCGCUCUGAAGCUACAAAAAUUGUUGAUAGUAUAAUAACACCGAUUGAAGAUCCUAAACAUGAUAUUGAAAAACAGAAAGAAAGUAUCAAAGAAAACAUUGAGCCAAUAGUCACCGUUGUAAACGCAAAGAAUAAACAUGACAUUAAAAAAACAGAUAUCGUUAAAAUGACGGAAACUUUAGUGAAAGGAGAUGCAGAAGUGGAAGUACAGAGCUCGAAUGAUUCAACGCCAGGAGUAGAGAAGAUCAAAAUAGAGAAAAAGGCAGCCGAUGGCAGCGUGUCUGAUAAAUCAGCAACAAGCAAUGGCGGUUUCCCGCAAAGUACAAGUACUACACCCAAACCUCCUCCGAGAUCACGUCAAAACAAACAAGAAAUGCAGACCCCUGAUGACAGCAAAGAAAACACACCAGUCGAGAAAAAACCAAACAUCUGCUUAAGAUUAAUGGGAAAAUGUAAAAAGAGUUGUUGCUCUUGUUGCAUGAAGCCGAAAGAUGAUGAAAGAGAAACAUCGGAACCAAAAGAAGAAAGAAAAGAUGAAAGAAAAGAAUCAAAAGAAAAAGAAGAUGAGGAAGGAACGAAAGAAAAGAAAGGAAUGCUCAGUAAAUUGAAUUGUUUCAAAAAGAAAGAUGCGGAAACAGAAAAGAUUGUCGCUGAAGUUGGUGCUGGUAAAGCGGCAACGAUAGAAUUCGAGAGCGAAACGAAACGCAAGCGAAAACUCCGCGACGUGUUGUGCGGCUGCUGCAGGCGGCGCGUCGGUGACUCGUCGGCCCCACGCCGGGUCGUCGCCGCGGACACUACGCCGCCCGUCGUCAACGAGGCUGGCUGCUGCGGCCGCAAGAGGAAGGAUGUCGAGAGAAGGGACAGCAUACUCAGCGAUAGCACGCCAAACACUUGCUGCAACUUCGCCCUAUGCCGGUGGAUGCGCGGCGCUUGCCGGCGCAAGUCGGAGCCCGCCUCCAGCCCGCGGGCGAGCGUCUUUUCCAAGAACAAGAGCCUCUCUCCUACUCUACCCCCUGAAGAUACUCGUACAAAGCUGGACGCGAGCCUGGUGGAGCACACGAGUGUGAUGCGCGGCGCUAUCCCCGUGCUGCCGGCGCCGCUCGCAUACUUCUGUUUACUUUGCAACAUCGUGGUUCCCGGACUUGGCACAAUAUUCAGCGGGCUCUUCUGUUUAUGUUUCGGAAUCCCGAGGUUCGGGAUACAUGACAGCCCGAGACAUAGGAUUGGUUCGUUCUUGAUCAACGUGAUGGUAGGUUGUGGGCAGCUGUUCACGGUGCUGUUCUGUCUGGUGGGCUGGGGCUGGUCUGUCUGGUGGGGCACCAUCAUGGUGCGGAUAUCGCGUAAAUAUCGUAAAUUGAAAGCGGAAGCCGCGCUGGAGGAGGCGGAAGCGCCGCCCGUCACCGCCAACAACCACACGCGCGCAUAGCGACAUGUCUCUGACACUGACAGUGACAGCUGACAGCUGACAGCUGACAGCGCGCCAAAAUCACACGUCAAACUCUAACCCUGACUGUCAAAUAUCGUGACACUUGUAUAAAAUUAUUGUUGUCUCUAUUUUUCACGAAGAAUGAAAGGAAUGGAAAGUGGAGACCGUUAUGAUGUUUAAAAUUGU